AAUAUAUAUAUAUAUAUCGUGAAAUAUAUUUUUUCUCACAUGACGUUUAGAUCGUGAAUCGUAUUCAAAAUUUCAAAACUCAUGUUACAGCUCGAUUAUCGAAGAGACGGAAUCGUCAGAAAAUUUCUGGACGUUCUGCUGGAUGAUUGAAUUUAAAUUAAGAUUGCAAAUCAUACGUACUAUAUUUUCGUCACUCGUCGAAUCGUACGAAAAUUCUGAAGUGCUUUUUAUUUGAAAAAAACAUUUUUGACAGUUUCAUUAUCACAUCCAUAAAACCGACAAAAAAAAUUCUCUCUGCAAUCCCGGUUCAAUUUCAAUGGAAAUUGCAGAAUACAUUGUACUUUUCAAUUACAAUCAGUGUACAAGUUCGACGAUUGAAAAUCUUUCGAGGAUGUUUUAAUCGAGUGUUACAGUUUCACAGAUUGUCGAGCAUAAGAAAUUGGUGCUUCAACGAGAUUAAAGGAUUAUUUAUUCUAAAGAGAUUUAAUUGAAGAAACCAAACAGUUUUUCUUUUUGUUUUACACCGGAUAAAAGAUACAUUGUCAGAUUAAGAGAAUGAAAAGCUUGGAACAUAAUUGCUAGAAUGCUGUACAAUAUCGUUAUAUCAAGAAGUUACAUUUUGUUUCCAAUCUUCGCUUGAAAUCUCUGCGCGUAGUGACAAGCGAAAAGAUGGGAAAAAACAGAAUUAAUGAAAAAAGUGCGCGUGGAAAAUACGUGUGAAUAAUACGUAUAAUUUUAUUUCCUGCGAGAUGUGACAAUUAAAUGCGCCACUUGUAGUGUAUUAUAUAAUACAUUUCUCGAACGAAGGUUCUUGUUUAAGAAUUAUUCAACGAGGCGCGUUGCGCGAGCAAACUUAAUGAAAUUGUGAAGUGCGAGCCAGUGACUGUGCAAUUUAAUUAAACGGUUUUAUCAGCGUAAGGUAUACGUUAUACGAGAGGAAAAAGCUGGGAAUUUCCAUCGGACAAUCAUUUUGCCGAUCGUACACCCGUGAUUCGAGCGUUCAGUGAAACUCUAUAGUCCACACUGGCCUGGUCUGUAUCAACAUCGUCACACCUACGAGCCUGGAGAAUGGCCAAUAUUAUUGCGACGUGCAUUACGCGCUGAUGCACAUCGCAGCUGAUCGCGUCCAGGAGUUUCUGGAACAACGAAGAGAAUUGUCGAAGGGAAUUUUCUUUGUUCGUUAAUGUGAUCUCGUCAUACAGUGCAACCAUGUUCACCGUGUUUCAAGAACUAUCGAGCAGAGUCUCGAGAUAUCAUCAGAUAUCGUCGACGAUUGACAAUCUGUCACCACGAUUCCGAAGAUCGGCGUCGCCGACGAAUUGGACGAACUACGAUUAUCAAAAUAACCAUAGCUUUGAGACGAUUUUCGAGAUGGACGAGGAACUGGAUGGGAUCUGCACCAAGCUAUACUUUCUCCUAGACUUUUGUCACUUGUAUUAUAUACCGUCCAUUAUUCUGUUGGGCUUGGUGGGCAACCUGUUGUCGUGCGUGGUCUUUCUCAAAACGCAUCUAAAGCUGCGCAGCUCCAGCUACUACCUGGCCGCGUUGGCCACCGCCGAUUUCGGUUUUCUCAUGUCCCUGCUCCUGGUGUGGCUUAACAGUACGGUAGGCUGGAGGGUCUUCAACAACGACGGCUGGUGCGAAACAUUGGUGUAUGUUAGUGCGGUUUGUAGUUCGCUCAGCGUCUGGCUGAUCGUCGCCUUCACCGUUGAAAGAUUCAUCGCCGUUCAAUAUCCGCUUCAUCGGCCGCAUAUGUGCACCGUGGCACGCGCGAAAACGAUCAUAUUGGUGCUGACAUUUUUCGCCCUGGUCAGCCACUCGUACUGCUUCAUCACCGCCGGGGUGAUAAGGAACCAAGACGGCGACGAGGUGUGCGAUUUGAGGAUCGAGUAUCUGGAAACCAUGCGAAUUAUCAGCAUUAUCGACAGCAUAGCGAGCUUGAUUGUGCCACUUGUGCUCAUCAUCGUGAUGAAUACCAUGAUCAUGAGAAAUCUCCUCGAGUUCGGCAGGCGAUUCAACCAGGAGCAGCCCGGUUACACCACUAAUUGCGUCAACAGGGAGAAGGCCGAUAUCAAUCUCAAUCGAAUCCCGAGUGGCAACAGCAGCAAUAAUGGUGCCGGUUAUAUAAACAUGGUUUCGCUCGUGGGUACGAAUGGAACGCGGAGACCACCCUCUCAGCAAUUAUCUUUCCACUCGUCUAACAGUAAGAAUCAUUCUCGCCAUCAAUCUGCAUCUGUCCCGCCGUCAACACCGCGAAACGCCUAUCAGAUGACCGAAAUAGAAGCCCCGUGUAUACAGGUAAUGUCAUCUUCUCGGAAUCUCGGAUCGACCAGAUUUAAUCAAGAAAGCAUCACUAAAAUGCUUGUACUUAUUAGCACUGUCUUUAUAUUACUUAAUUUACCGAGCUACGUGAUUCGCCUAUGCGUGUUCUUCUUUACUCUGGCGAGAAAGGACACACCUGAGACCCUCUGGUGUCUGCAGCAGUUCUUCAUGCUGCUCUACUAUACGAAUUUCAGCAUCAAUUUCCUGCUGUACGCCAUGUGCGGCAUUACGUUUCGCCGUUGCCUGGAGCAGAUACUACGUAGGAUCAUGAAGAGCAUGACAUUGUAUCAUUGCAAUUCACAGAGGGAACCAAUUAGCCCGUGAAAUGUCCACGCUCCUUUGGAUCAUCGUUAAUCUACUGUCUGUUUCCAACUGAGACUUUGGCUCAAAUCGUGGCGGCUUUUGCGGUAAACGGGUCCAAAUUCAAGACGAUCCUGUUUGCGAAAUUGCCUUGAAAAAACACAUUGCGUUCGCGAUGCAACCUUUCAUAAAAUACGUGACGCGAAAAUUGUUUCGUGUCGAUGUUGAGACAACCAAUUCGACAGAAGAUUCGUCAGGAAAUGAGAAACUGUCAGUGUGAAAAAUCCGAGCGAUAUCAAGACGUUUGACUGACACAAAAGGACCACGAGAACUCACAAGAAUCCUGCAUAUAGUAAUGAUAAUAUAGACUCACGAUUGUUGUGUGAGAAUAAGAUUCUCACAGAUUCGGCGGUUAUACUUGCGUGGAAAUUUAUUUCCAUUUAUUUAUAUGUGUGAAAGUUCAGAGAAAGACAAGGUCGCAAAAUUUUCAAAAUUUUUAUAACGUUUCAAUUUUUCAAUCCUGUUAUAAAUCUUGUUCAAACCUUUUUAAAAUUAAUUAUAAGUAGUAAAUCAAUAUGAAGAGCAAAUUAAUUUGAUUCUCGCUUAUUUUCAAAUUUUUGCUAUAAACAUAUUAUUUGCCAUCUCUAUCUACUGCAUAAUAAUAAUCAAUAUUCUGUUUUUAAAUCACAUGGCAUGAUUUAUUUUUAAGAUGGAGAAGGAGAACGGAAGAAAAUAAAAGCAUAAAAUAUUCAUGUAUUAGUACUAAUUUUAUGUGUAGAUUAUUGAUCUAAGAAAAUAUCAUUGAUAAUCACAAAUAAUGAAAAUUAUUUCCAAAUUAUAAGAUUUAUGCUUGUGAGGAUAUUACAAUAUUGCAACAUUAUACAAUAUUACACAUCAUCUGAUAUAAAAUCAAUAAUACACUAAAUAUAUCGUGGAUGAUAUGUAAUUGGUCUUAUUUCUAUUAUUAAAUGUUUUUUUAGUUAAAAUCGCGUGAUACUUAUUGCAUAUCAACACAUUAAUCGACAAGGUAAUCUUCUUGUGUGAUAGUUUUUAAUUUCUUAUUUCUGUACAAGUCUUGAGAUAUUGUAAUAACAUAAGAUAACCUUUCUUUAAAAGUAAAAUCAAAAUAAAUUUAUUGCGACGCAACUGUAUAAUAACAACUGCAUAAAUAUUGCAUUUAUUUUAUAUUUUUAUAUCAAUGACAAAGAGAAAUUAUUGACGAUUUAAAUAUUAAUUUUUUUUUCAAGAUAGAGAAAGCUAAGAAAAUAAUAAGAUAAUAUAUCUAUAUUAAACGAACACCACAAUUUUGAAACAUUAAAAUAUUUUUUUAUUAAGAUAAGUUAAAUAAAUUUUCAAAACUCAUCUAAAGAUAAUUAAUUCUAAAUAAACUAAUAAUUGCCUUAAACUUGAUUGCCUUUUGUCUCCUUCGUAUGAAUUAAUUCUAAAUUAUAAAAAAAUAAUAUUUUUAUUCCUAUAUUGAUAAACGCGCAAUUUUAAUAUACAUUAUAUUUUCAUCAUUCAUUCAUAAAUUCGUUACCAUUUGAAAGACAAAUAAUAAUGUUUUUCUAGUCAGAGAAAAACUAGCAGAAAAUAACAUACAAUGAAGAAACACACACAGCGCGCGCACACAAUUACACUUAUAAAAAUAUAUUUAAUUUUGUAUUAUUAUUUUGUUAUAAAUUGUUUAUAUAUAUGUGAAUAAAGAAACUUUAUAUAUACAUAUUUAUAAUAUUUAUAAUAUUUAAACUUUAUUAUUGUAGUUGUUGUGGAUAUCUAUCUUGGUUCGUUAAUCAAUAAUUGAUUAAAAAUAAAGCUAUUGCAGUAAAUGAUAAGGUUAGUUGUAUAACGUGAUAAGAUUAAUGUGCGUCAUAAACUGUAAUAGAGAAAAAUACUGUAAUAUCUUUUACGAUAAAACUAGAAACGUUGCUUGUAUCAGAUAUUUCGAGAAAUUUUUGAGGAAUGUUUUUAUAAAAUAUGAAUCGUGUUUUAUAAUGCAAAAAACAGCGAUAAACACAAAAAUAAAAAUAAAAUAUGGAAUUACAAUCGUUUUAAUUUUAAUAUAAUUUUCUGUCUAAAAUCGUCGAUUUUUUGGCCACAAAAUGCGAUUAAAAAAUCUGUGUUUUUUCACUGUUAUGUAAUGUCUCUAAAGUAAAUGAAAUAGAUUAUUAAAAAAGUUUUAAAGCAACAACAAAUAUUAACAUGAUAUACAAAGCAAAAGAAAUAAAUUUGAGGAUAAUAACUUGCUUUUUAAGAGAUACCUAGUAGCGCUUAAUUAAGCACUUUUUGUAAAACUAUAUAAUUAUGUUUUCUUUUUAUUUCAUUAGAUAUAUCUUUUUCUAAAGACAAUAUUGCGCCCAUGUUUAACUGAUCAUACUUCUUUCCUUUUUUUAUAGAUUUGCAUUUUAUAAUUCGAAGAUUAUAGAACGAGGAAAGAUCAUUUGAGAUACGAGUUGAAAACGUUAUUCGUAAAAAUAUUUUUAAUACAAAUAUUUUUGUUUAAUAUGUUAAGAUUAACUUUUGCGUGCGCGCGCUGUCAAUUACAGUAUUUUAUUAAAAAAAAUUUUUUAAGAUAUAAAGUAAGCAUUCUAGUAAAACCAAUUUUUUAAAAAUUCAAUUGUGAAUUAAUUUGUAAAAAUA